AUGGCAGUAUUCAAAGUCAGAUAUUUUAGCUAUAUUAGCGCCGUGUUCAACUUCUUUCUCUUCUCUGACAUCUCUCAAGUCAACGCACAAGCCCCCAUUCAAGCACAAUGGUCAUCCAGGGGCUAUGGCGCUGAUGGCCCAUGGCCUGCCGUCGAGGUCACCGUGGGCUCCGAUUCCAAGCUCGCACUCUUCCCGGGACGGCCGUUCCAGACAUUUGUCAUUUCUACCGACUACUGCCGGCUUAACAUCUCGGAGGGCUGCUAUGCCUCCAUGGCCGGCACAUACAACAGGGCUCAGUCCGAGAUGGAGAGAACUGGCUCCGACAUGGGUAUCCGGUUCUCGCCACCUCACAAGGAGUCGAUGCUCGGCAUGUCCGUCCGCGGCGGCGACUUCGUCUCUUGGGUUGAUUCCGCGGAUAUUGGACACGCCAGAGUCGCAGAUUCAAGCCUUGUGCUCAUCGAGUCGCAGAUGAUGGCCUACCCUGGGGGCCAAUGGUACCCUAUGUCGGCUGGUUGCCUCGGCGUCGGCGGUCCCAGUGCCAUCAAUCAAUCCUUUACCACCAGCACAUACCCUAUCAACGCCACCCUCAUUCCUGGCAGGCUCUGGGAGAGAGGCGAUGUUCCCUCCAACUCUUUCGGCCUUCACAUUGGCUCCAUGCAGCCUCCGCUCGGUGGCUCUCUGUGGUUCGGCGGUUAUGACCAGAAUCGUGUCAUAGGCGAUGUCCUCGUUACGGCUACCAGCUUCCACGAAGCCCCGAUCACCCUCAGGGACAUCAGCCUAGAGGUUGUACAGGGCGCGUCACCCUUCACUUUCGACACCAAACAAGACAACCUCCUGACGGCCAACAACGACACCAUGGGCAGCGCCCUUCCCGUCUAUGUCGACGGCUGCUCCCCGUAUCUCACGCUCCCGAAGUCUACCUGCGAUAAUAUUGCCUCGCACCUCCCCGUCAUCUACGACUCUGACCUUGGCUUAUACCUCUGGAACACCAGUGAUCCCUACUGGCCCCUCGUAGUAUCCUCUGCCUCUGUCCUCGCCUUCACCUUUCUCGCCAGCUCGAACACUGAGACCCUUGUCGUCCGCGUUCCUUUCUCACACUUAAAUCUCACGCUCACUGCCCCUCUCGUCAACGGCGAUCCCAAGCCGUACUUUCCCUGCUUCACCGGCGGCGACGGCCUCUACACCCUCGGCCGGGCCUUCCUGCAGGAUGCCUUUCUGGGCGCCAACUGGAACCAAGACAAGUGGUUUGUGGCCCAGGCGCCCGGGCCAAAGGUGCAGGCCUCGCCCGACGUGGUGGCCAUUCAGGAGAGCGACGAAGUCAUUGAGAGUGGCUCCAACGACUGGGCGGCGUCGUGGGAUGGGUUCUGGAAGGUGCUCACCCCAGACGAAGUUGACGUUGGCCCUGCAAGCACCGGGCUCAAUACCGAGACGGCGUCGCCACCAGGUGACGAUACAGCCGGGGAUGGCGGUGGGCUGUCUACUGGCGCCAUGGCAGGCAUCGGCGCCGCGGCCGGGGCGGUCGUUCUGGCGUUCCUGGCGGCAGGCUUCUUGCUCUGGCGGAAGCGUAAGGCCCGGGCUGGUUCUUCAAAACGUCGGCAGCCAGUCGACGCCAAUCUGAACGGCUGCCAUGAGGAUGGGGUUGUAAAGGGACCAGGAGGGUACCGGUACGGUAAUCCGGCCGAGUUGCGGGACACGUCGCCGCCGUCAGUUGUGAGAGAACUGGACGGUAAUGCACAAUGGCUGCAGCAUGAGGGCGAUGACAAUAAUGGACCAAGAACUCACGAGCUGGCAUGA